AUGGCAUUGCUCGAUGAUUUUCGAAGUUCAACAAAAAACUUGGAUAUUACAAAUUUCCAAGUGAACGUAUUUCAAAAUCAACUUCAAGAACUACAAUUAGCCGUAAAUCAUAUUGCUACUAUUGAACAUACGGAUAUUGGUAUUCAGUUAAAAUAUUUACAAACAUUUUUGAUAAACGAGAUUCGUCGAUUAAAACAAGAUUUAAGUCAGAGUUGGUCAAAAUUGGAGUAUGUCACAGAAUUAAAGGAAUUAGAUCAAAUUGCUUUAGAUUCAUUUAAACAAAAAUUUUACGAAUUAACCAAGAUAUUAGCCGAUGUUAAAAAUCGUGAAUUAAAUACAUGGCAUUUAAUACAAAUAUUACGUCUAAAUAUGUUUCGACUAUGUUAUAUUUUGGAAUCCAUGACAGGCUCUAAAACUACACUCAAGUUAACGUACGACGAUUUACGUCUGUUAAUAAAUUUAGCUCAAAGUAAAAAAGAAGAACAAAAUGUUACAUUACACUUUUUAGAAAAUGAACAUGGAGAACUGUUAUUGAAAUUAAAAGAAAUUGAAUUAUCUUUAGAAAAUUUUCGAACAUUGAUAUUAAAAAUAAAAUAUGAUUCAUCGGAAAUGAAACGACAGAUAGAAAAUGAUCAAAUUAUAAAUAAUCAAAUUCAAGAACAAGCAGCAAGAACAUUGACAACAAUCGUUUUGUCAACAGAUGAUGCUCGGUCAUUACUACACGAUUAUAAAUUGGUUGUUAAUAAAAUGCACUCGUUAAUGAAAUUAAUUUAUCAGACACAAAAUCAAAUUGAAGUCUAUCAUAAAUCACGUUUGAUUUUUGAAACACAAUUAGAAAAAUAUAAACAUGAUACAGCCAAUGCUAUUGUGAAACGUAUGGAUGGGGAACAAAUGAUUAUAAAUACUCAAUGUUUAAUGAUGACUCAAACUACAAAAUUAAAACAACUAGAAUUAACAGAAAACCAAUUGAUUAAACAACGUGAAUUGCUACAAGGACGUAUUCAAUUAUUUGAAAAUGAUAAAUCGUGUAUGCUCAAAGAACAGCAACGUUUACUUGAUGAGAUCAAACAAUUAACAUCAAAAAAUCAAUCUUUAGAGGAAAAUGUUGAACGUUCAACACAUCAAGUAAAAGAUGUGAUACGAUCAUAUAGACAAUUGCUAAAAGAUCAGACGAAACAAGCAGAAGUUACAAUACACUUAACAAAAACAAUUGAUACCAAUGAACAACGAUUAGUAAGUACAAGAAAUGAAAUUGAAUUAUGGACAAAUCAAGUAAGACAACAACGACAAGUGACAAAAUUAAAAGAACUUGACAUCAAUAGUCACACAAAAACUUUACAUAGUCUGAACAAUUGUGUACAAAUGACACAUGAAGAACUAAAUGCACAACGAUCAGAAAAAGAUCAAUCCAAAACAGAAAUAAAUAAAUUGAAAAAUAAACUACAAAAAUUAGUCAAUAAUGAAGAACCAUUGGCAAAUGAUGUAACAAGAUAUCAAAAAAAUAUUGCCACAUGUGAACAGCAACAAUCGAAUGUCAAACUUCGAUUAAAACAAAACAUUGCCAAUGUAGUACAAUUUAAACAGACAAUUACUAAACUAACGAAUAAUUUAAAACAAAAUGAAUUCGUAUUAAAACAAGAAAAUAUUCAUUUACAACGUACCAAAGUGAUAACUCAACAAACAAAAGAUCAUAUCAAAAAUUUGGAAACUGAUUUAAAAACAUCGUCGAUUAUUUAUAAAGAUUUUCGAGAAAUAUACAAUUCAGCAUGUGAUGAAAAUAAUAAAUUAAAACGUGAAUAUUCCAAUUAUCUAUUUCGUUUACAAUUAUUAGGUCAACGUCAAUCAAAAUUAAAUAGUGAACUCAAACUAUUGUAUAAUCAUGUAGCUUUACUAACAUAUGAACAAACUAAUAAAGAUAAAAUUAUAGCUCAAUUACAAAUAGAUAUAGUCAUAUUAACAAAAUAUUAUAAUCAAUUACUGACCUUAAAUUAUUCAUUGAAAUAUUUACUCUAUUACAAGAGUAAACUAUUAGAUUCUCAACAUAAUUAUAGUCAAUUGAGACAUGCUGAAAAACAAUUAGAAUCACAAUUGAAAAAGAAGAAUCAUGUACACUAUUGGCGAACAUUAAUGAUAACAUCACCGGAUCAAUAUAAUUUAUUAAGGAAAUUCUUCAUAUUGAAAAAGAAAUUAGUAGUUAAAACAUCGAAAUUAACGAAAUUAAAAGUAAUCUAUGAUGAAAAACAAAUGUUAUGUGUGAAUCUAAAUGAUAUAUAUCAGCGACGAGAAAAUAUAAUAAAAAAAACAAAUUCAAAAAAUAAUCUAAAAAUGAAAUUGACUAAACAAAAACGUGUGAGGCAACAACUCAUAAAUGAUAUGCAAACACACGAAAAUGAUUUGAAAAUUUUUGAACUACAAUUGAGAAAAUGCAAAAGAGACUCGUUAAAAAUGAAAUCUUAA